AUGGGACAUGGGACGAACGACAAGCUUUUUAUUACCCCGUCCGAGCACAGCGGCGUGUACGGCCAGCAUGGCGCGUCUACGGGUGCGCGCCGCGGCGACAGCUCUGUAGUUGUCCCCUUUCAUAUGUGUGCGCUGACGCACGAGCCCUGGGAGCACCCCGCGUGUCUCGGUGACGAAGGUCUGGUCUAUGAGCGCCGCAACCUCGAGGCGUUCCUGGCCAAGUACCAAGUGAGCCCUGCGAGUGGCCGGCCGUGUGCGGUGGACGAAGUGAUCUCGCUGCACAUCCCCCGCAACGAGCGCGGCAACUUCUACGACCCCGUGUCGUGCAAAGAGCUGACCGACCACAGCCACCUGGUCGCUGUGCGGCCGACCGGCAAUGUCUUUUUGCACGACACGGUGCAGCAGCUGAACAUCAAGCCGCGCAUGAUGCGCGACCUUGUGGACGAUACCCCUUUUGCAAAGAGUGAUCUGAUCACGCUGCAGGAUCCGCACGACCCCCAGCAUCGCACCAUGCAAAACAUGCAUCACGUGCAAAACAAGCUGACGCUCGCCAGGGAGCAGCAGGGAGACGAGGUGCAAAUGUCGACUGGGAGCACGCGCUCGCUCCUGUCCAAGGUGCGGAAGCAGACCGAGCCGGUCGUGGAGCAUGCCGCGGCCGCGUCCGACGCGCCCGCGCCGCGGCUCACCAACAUGUCGACCGGCCGCACGGCCGCGAGCUUUACCUCGUCUUCGCUCACGCCGCAGACCAAGACAGAGCGCAUUGCCGUGGAUGAAGAAGCGCUCAUGCUCGAGCAGGUCGCCGGCGCAAAGCGUGCCAAGGCGUUCGUGCGCCUGACGACCAACUUUGGCGCACUGAACCUCGAGCUGCACGUCGACAAGGCGCCCAAGACGUGUUACAAUUUCCUGAUGCUAUGCCGUGCUGGAGCGUACAACGAUACCAUCUUUCACCGCCAGAUUCCCGGGUUUAUGAUCCAAGGCGGCGAUCCUACGGGCAGCGGGCGCGGCGGCAAGUCGUGCUGGGGCAAGCCGUUUGAGGACGAGCUGUGCAACCCGGGCUCGUACCGCCAUACGGGCCGUGGCGUGCUGUCGAUGGCCAACAAGGGCCCGAAUACCAACGGCUCGCAGUUCUUCUUGACGUACCGCGCGACGCCGCACCUCGACACGAAGCACACCGUCUUUGGACGCCUGGUCUCUGACUCGGCCACGACGCCCACCUUUCGCACACUCGACGCGCUGGAAAACGUGCCCGCGGAGUCCGGUACCGACCGCCCACUGCGCCCCAUCCAGCUAGUCGAGGCGCAUAUCAUCGAGGACCCAUUCGAAGACUACAAACAAAACCGUGACGCGCGUUUCCGGCGCGAGAACAUGGGCGAGGACGAAAAAGCGGAGCGCGAUGCAAAGCGCCGCAAGCGCGAAGAGGACCGCACGACAUGGCUCGGUACGCGCCUCGCACCCAAAGGCGGUACAUCCGCCAGCUCUCCCCGCCCCUCUAUCCUGGACACGGCCGAUGCACACGGCCUCGCGCGCCUCGGCGCCCCCCGCACCGCACCCAAAGCCCCCGCCAAGAAGCGCGGCUUUGGGGACUUCGCCGGCUGGUAG